AUUUCUCGAUGAUGAUGAGUGAAUAUUACUUUAGUUAAUAGAGCUAUCCAAUUAUGUUAUUUUUGGUCGAUAACACUCAGCCUUGAGUAUUGUUUUAGUUACUAUCUCACUUCACGAUAAACUAAAUUGACCUAAUCAUUAUUCCCAUUAAGAUGAAGCUACUUGAAAUUUCUAUUUCUAUAACAUUUUUAUUAUUUACUAGUUUUCCAAGCUAUGGUACUACAGAUGAAAUUAACACAAAUACAAACUGCGUAAAAGUUUAUUAUAACGGAGAAGGUUUUUAUAAAAUCUACUGUUUUACUAAAUCAUCAAUUUAUAAACAUUCUUAUGGAAUCAUAACAGAUAAAAAUGAUACAGUCAUUUUUACUGGAAAUCGACGCCAUAGUCAAUGUUUCGAUGUAUUCCAAUUUCAAUCUGGUAAAACAACCUCGUCCUGUAUAACCGUAGUUGCAGAAAACUGUAUAGAAACCGAAAAAAAUAUUAACGAUGUAGAUGGUGUACCUUGUAAGAUUGAAUCCACCAUAGACCUUCAAUUAGGACUAAAAGUCGAUAAUCUCAACGUAGUUUUCAAAUGUAAAAUUGUGGAGGAAGUUCGAGAUUCUGCACAUACAAUUCCCACAAAAUUAUGUCAUAAUAUCCCAUGGGAUUUUGAAGAAGAAGGUAGAGAAGAGACAUAUGAUAACGAUGUAUCCCAAGAUCUAGAGGGUAUAAUUGUAGAUAUUCCUCCAAGAUUUCCUAAACGGGAAUAAUUUGAAAUAUUUAAUACUUGUUAUAGUAGAGUUUUAUGGGAAAAUAUCUACUUUUUCAAAUAAAUUUUACAAAAAUAAAUUUUAUUCUGCUUGUU